AUGGCGGGGAAGCGGGGUCGAGCUGCGGGCUGGGCUGAGCCGGGCCGACCGGCCGCCGCCUCCCCGCCCCACCGGGCCGUUGGCGGCGGGCCGCGCCGCGACGUCAGCGCCCCGCCCCCUGCCCCGCCCCGCGCCCGCCGCCCCGACCCGCGUGGCGGUGCGACAGGGAUGCGGGGACGCCGCUCGCGCCCCGGCAGCCGCAGACCCGCCCGGAGCGGGAAGGGGCGGCGCGCGGCCUCUGCAGAAGUCCGCCCCUGCCGGGGAAAAUGCCGGAGUGAAACUGGAGCGAUUGCCGCCCCGCCACGUGACGGUCCCGCAUCGGCGACCUGGAAGCGGGUGAGCUGCCGCCGCCUCCAAUCUCUCCCGGCGCAGAGGGCCAGGAUGCGGCCAGGCCGCGGCGCGGGAGGCCCGAGAACGGGGCUCACCCUCCUCAGACUCUGCGGCGGAGAGCCGAGUGAUGAAUAAAUGAGUAACCACAUCAAUAUUUAAGUGUUCACUCGGAGCCUUGGGGCCAGUGUGUCACGGGUUGGGGGAAAUUACAGGCCCUGGUGGGGGGUUAAAUAACUACUUCCACCCAUUAAGUGCCUACUAUGUGCCAGAGCCUAAGUAUUACGUAUACUUGGUUUAUUAUUGAUAAUAACGAUGUUUAGUAAUUGUGGAUGCUGAAUUUC